AUGUUAAAAUUGAAACCUUCAGAAUCUGCUCCAAAUUCUCUUAAGAUGCCACACUUAAAAGCUAAGGACUUAGACAAAAAAAGUAUGAGAUAUUCUUCAUAUUCAUUGUAGAUGAAAUGGAUAAAGUGAUUUAGUAGCAAAUAAUUAUUGAGCCUGAAAUAGUGAGAUUUGCAGGAUUUGAAGUAGGCAAAUUAAAUUUACUCAAAAUUCGUGUGAUCAACAAGUAUCUUUAACCAUAACGAAUUUUGGUUAUACCUCCUAAAACCAAUUUCUUCAAUGUCAAAUAUGAUAAGAAGGGAGCCAUUGCUUCUGGAAUGUUUGAAGAAAUUUAUAUUUCCUUCAAACCCUUUGAAUAUAAACAAUACUAGGAUUCGAUGAGAAUCAACACUUAAUUCGAUUCGAUCUUGAUUCCAAUACAUGCUUUUCCAGCAAUCAACAGGGAUUACUUAAGAGAUUUAUUUCCACGGUAUUUGGAUUUUGGAACACUUGAGUUGGGUGAAUAGUUUUCUUAAGUAUUUCAUUAAUGUAGGAUAGAGAUUUCCAAUUUAAAAUAAGGUACCACUUAACUUUGAUUUUGAAUUCAUCGUCAUUAAGGACAACAUGGAUUUUAGAAUAACUCCCCUGAGAGGUACUAUUCCUGACAAGGGAGUAACUGAAAUAGAAAUUCUAUAUCGACCUUCCAUUAAUGUAACUGUCUAUAUGGAAGUGGAAUUGAUUGUGGGAUCUGUAGACUUUGAACCCUUGCCAAUCAAGCUGAUGGGAACUGGUCGAUCAUAAAAUGAUAAAAAUCUAAGUCGAAUUAGAAGACCGCAAUCAGUCAGAAAACUGCAUUCCAUAAUCCAAUAGCCAAAACAAAAUCAAAAAUUGAUUCCAAAGGAAUUAUAGUCAUCUUAAGAGAAUAUCGAUGAAUAUUCUAUACCUGAGCAAUCCCCAUAAGUCAUUUACGAAGCCACUGGAGGAAAUGAUCAAGUCGAAUAGUUUUAUCCAAUAAUAAAGCCAACCACUAAACGAAUUAGACCAUAAAUCAUUGAAAACGAAGUUUUGGAAAUCAAAUAAGGCGUAUCUCUCCAGGGAAGACAAGUUAAAGAGAAACAAUACCUUGAUCAUUUCAACCAAAUAGCAAAUUUAGAUAAGGAAAAGGAAAAUAAACUCAAACAGUGCAUUGGAGAUUCGCCUAUUUAAAAGGAAACCAUCUCAGAAAUCAUUAGUUAAAGAGAACAAUUUAAUCAAUAGAUGUUAAAUUAGAUCUACUAAAGUGGUAUUACAAGGUAUCAACUUUAACUUAAUAUUGAUAAUGCAGUGGCUGAUUAAAUAUUGCCAAAAUAUGAAUGUCAAUGGGAUUUCGAAAAAAAUGAUGUCAUCAAAAUCAAGAAAAUAGUAAGGCGUUUAUUUUCUAUUAGUUUUGAAACUAAAAAAAUUCAUCUAUGCAGUAACUAGAGUUAUCUAUAGAAUAAGAUUUGAUAAUA